AUGAAUAGGGAUCCUGUGCCUUCGUCUUUUGACGAGAACCCUCAAUUUACAGAAGAGACCGGCGUGCAAAAAUUCACACGACGUCUCAAGGAAGAGCCGCUCGUUCCACUUGGAUGCGCCGCAACAUGCUAUGCCCUCUACCGCGCCUACCGGUCGAUGAAAUCCGGCGACUCAGUUGAAAUGAACCGAAUGUUCCGAGCCCGUAUCUACGCACAAGCCUUCACACUAGUCGCCCUAGUCGCUGGCGGAAUGUACUUCAAGACGGAGCGACAGCAGCGCCGGGAAUUCGAGCAGGCCGUGGAACUUCGGAAGAAGCAAGAAAAGCGUGACGCGUGGUUGCGCGAGCUGGAGGUUCGUGAUAAGGAGGAUCGCGAGUGGAGGGAACGUCACGCUGCCAUUGAGGCUGCGGCUAAGGAGGUCGGAAAUAAACCAGCGCCCCGCAAGGAGUCUGAAGCGGCUCGGUCGUCUAUUGAGCCCGCUGAUGAGAAGUCUAUUGGAAUCAUGGAUGCUGUGAGGGCUCUUAUGUCACGGGAUUGA